AGUCCAACAUUUACAGUAAAAUCAAUAGUCUUUACAUCCACACUAGACGUUUGUGUGUAAGUUCAUCGUAUAUGUUUAUUUAUGAUCUUAAGUAAGAGUUAGCUAUUAAAGUGCAUACAGGACUAGAAAAGAUAGCUUUUUUGGACAGUUUUGAGUUUGUCGUCAUGUGACCCGAGUUUUCCUGAGCUGUAUUCGUUUUGCUGAACCUUGCUUGGUGAACAUUUUAUUUUGCAGUUAGUGAUUAGCUGGAUUAAUGAUGCUCCUGAGGCUGGCCGUGUCCCCGCGGUCGCGCGUUGCUGCGCCUCUUUCUGCGGCUGCACGGACCUUGUCUUCGGGUUCAGUGGACAUCAGUGUCCCGCUGAACUUCUGGGCUGGACAGAGGAGGACAAGCCGAGACAAAUGCAACAAGGAGAAUGUUUACGAACCAGCAACGGGGCGUGUCUUGUGCCACCUGGGCCCGUGUGGUGCUGCGGAGGUCGACCAGGCUGUGAAAGCCGCCAAGUUGGCCUUUGAACCCUGGAGCAAGCUGUCUGGCAUGGAGAGAGCAAGGGUCAUGAUAGAAGCAGCUCACAUCAUUGAGAGCAGAAGAGAGGAGAUCGCUGAAACAGAGGUGGUGAACAAUGGGAAGUCCAUCACAGAGGCCCGUCUGGAUGUAGACUCAGCUCGACUGUGUAUAGAAUACUACGCAGGACUGGCCAGCACUCUGGCAGGUCAGCAUGUUCAGUUACCAGGUGGGUCCUUCGCCUACACCCGCAGGGAGCCCCUGGGAGUGUGUGCAGGCAUCGGAGCUUGGAAUUAUCCCUUUCAGAUCGCAGCGUGGAAGUCUGCUCCAGCCCUGGCCUGUGGUAACUCUAUGGUGUUCAAGCCUUCACCUGUGACGCCUGUGACAGCAGUCCUACUGGCAGAGAUCUAUAUGCAGGCCGGAGCUCCAGAGGGACUUUUCAACGUGGUCCAGGGUGGUCAGGAGACCGGUAGCUUCCUGUGUCACCACCCCGAUGUGGCUAAAGUGUCUUUCACAGGGAGCAUACCCACAGGACAGAAGAUCAUGGAGAUGGCAUCAAAGGGCGUGAAACCAGUGACUCUGGAGCUCGGGGGGAAAUCUCCUCUAAUCAUCUUUCAAGACAGUGACCUGGAGAACGCUGUGAGGGGAGCUCUCAUGGCCAACUUCCUGUCUCAGGGGCAGGUCUGCAGCAACGGUACCAGGGUGUUUGUGCAGAGGGAAAUCCUCUCGGAGUUUGUGGAGGAGGUGGUGAGGAGGACACAGGCCAUCGCGAUAGGAGACCCUCUUCUAGAGAGCACCAGGAUGGGGGCUCUGGUCAGCCGGCCACAUCUAGAAAAAGUCUUGUACUUUGUCGAGAAAGCAAAAGAGGAGGGAGCCACGGUGCUGUGUGGAGGGGAACGGUUUGUUCCUGCAGAUCCCACUCUCAGAGGAGGAUACUACAUGACUCCAUGCGUCCUGGGCGACUGCACAGAUGAGAUGACCUGUGUGAAGGAGGAGAUCUUUGGUCCAGUCAUGUCUGUGUUGUCAUUUGAAACAGAAGAGGAGGUGCUACAGAGAGCCAACGACACCACGAUGGGGUUGGCUGCAGGUGUCUUUACCAGAGAUGUGGCUCGAGCCCAUCGUGUGGUUGAGCAGCUCAAAGCUGGUUCCUGUUUCAUCAACAACUACAACAUCACGCCUGUGGAGGUGCCGUUUGGAGGCUUCAAGAUGUCCGGGAUAGGACGGGAGAAUGGCCAGGUGACAGUGGAGUACUACUCCCAGCUGAAGACUGUGUUUGUGGAGAUGGGAGACGUGGACAGCCUCUUCUAGGCCAUGAGGACAGGAAGCAGUGACACCCAGCCAAAGACUGAAGGGGAGUGUCUUACUCAGGGAAAAUCAAACAGACAGUUAAGCACGUUAAAGAGAACACACACGUUACGUGCUCUGCACCUUUUCGGCCACAAGAAGGCCUCGGUGGCUUCUGCCUUGCCUGUUUCAGCUGUGUGCAAUUGGGCAAUCAUGGGCAGCUGUUAAAGGCUGCUCUCCUGCCCAGUUCUUUGAGAAGGUCCAGGGUAGUGAAGGCUCGGAAGAGAUUUUGCUGCUCUCUUCUGGUUAGUCUCGGCUUUAGGUAUUCACUUCAGUAUUUGGUAUUCAAUUCGACUCUCUAGUAAUCCCGACCUAGGAAUGGCUAUUCGACUUUGAUUGUGGACUUUGCGAUUUGGACUUAGUAUCAGAUUUUGACACUCUAGUAACCCGACCUAGGAACAGCAACUGACUUUGAUUGUGGACUGUUCCCCGCGUCCCUGCUUAACAGGGCGUCCCUCCAUUAGCGUGGAGUUAGUAGUUAUUGUGUUUCGAUUAAACCCCUUUUCCCAGCCCUUUUUGGCUUGGCGCUUUUUGUUACUCUUUUUUUUUUUUUUUCCUUUUGUGAAUAUCUGCCUUUUUGUUUUGUUUAAUAAAAUCCUUUGUUGGACACUA